CCUGACCCGAUUGCCCUGGUUCUUGUCGGGAGGGAUCUGGCAGGUACUUUGUAGCUACUCGAUCUAUGUACUGUACAAUAUUCCACUUCAGAUACGGUAAACCCUGCUUCUUUUCCAUACUACGACUGCCUACAGUAUGUUGUAUUCAGGGUGUGUCCUGUAUCCCUGCCAUGGAUAACCAGAAUGAUGAGUGAUGAUGUAACCAAGGUCGAAGGCGACGAAGUGGUAUUUUUUCUUUUUUUUGCCUUGCUGUCAAACCCGGUCUUAUCGCACGUGGUGAUAGCGGUCGUCUCUGCUCCUGCGACCUUUCCUCUUCCGUCCAGCGGUGUCGCGUGCGUUCAGUCACGUGAGCAAUGCUUACCUCACCCGUGCUAGCCAAUCAAGGGCCGUGUCAUUUGACUAGGGGCAAGAAGACCCGCGCAAUCACAUGUGAAAUAAUCAAAUGAUCAGGAUAGACAGACGAU